AUGAACACAAGAAAUCCAGAAAACCUUGACCGCGAAGACUUUGAUCUAACAAUCAACCUUAAGAGAUCAGAUCAAUCAGAUCCCUUCUCGGUAACAACUCCGCGAUCAAAUCCAGGUGAGAAAAUCCUUUACCUCCUCCGCGAUCCGCCAUUAGAAAGUAAAUUGCACACAAGUUUUUACCCAGUGUUCGUUUCCUACUCACUGGGGGAAGGAUUCGCGCCUUCCUACGCAAUCCACUAUCACAACGGAAAGAGUUCCAGCGAUUACAGAGAUUCCGAUGUACCGGAAACCUCGAGAUCAAGCUUACAAGUAGAAUAA